AUGAAUCAGACACUUUUAUAUAAUAAUGACUUUGAACAAGAUGAAGGACAGGAAAGUUUAGCUUCCGAAAUCAUUGACAACGGGCCUAAUGAUUGCGAACAAAAUGGACUUGAUACCUUUAUUCCUGAUUCCAUUAAUAACGGUGCUAAUGAUCAUUCCAAUAGGUUUAAACAAAACAAUGACCUAACUCAAAUGGAGCAAUCGUCCUUAAAUACACGAGCCCAUUAUAAUAAUAGUCCCUGUAAUUGUACAUACGCUUCAUCCGCUUGCAAUAGACCGUUAAAUACACAAGCCACGACCAGAAAUUAUGAUCCCAUUCCGAAUAACAAAGAACAGCAACGGAUGCCCCUUGUAGAUAAUGUAAAUAGUGCUUCAACUUCACAAUAUUUCAAAAACGACUCUCCUGCGGCACGAUAUAUCAAUAAUAACGUUAAUGAAGAUGGUCCUUUCGUCAUGCAACACUCUCCCCCGCACUAUACCCAUAAUCAUGGUAAUGCAUAUACAAUUCAAGAUAAUCUUGAACAUCGGUCUAAUGAAGGUCAUGUUUCUACGACGCAAUAUUCUCCAUCCAACAUCAAUUGUCAUGAACUCUUUAGACUCGAAAUUUCCGGGAUGGAAAUUAUUUUCAGACAGAAACCUUUGACGAAUUUAAAUCAAUCUAGUUUAGAAAUGCGAAAUGACAAACUACAAAGACGACAACAGAAUGAACAAUCCAACGGAAGGAUUCAAAAUAGGAUGCAUCCUUAUCAUCCGCCUUUUGAACAAAAUCGUAGACCUAUCAUGGUCAAUAACAGAAACCAUGCCGUUAAUAAUUCUUCUCCUCAACAACAAUAUCUCUCUCAUCCUUGCCCGCAUUCUUGUUUUUCCACGGUAAAUCGACAGCAGAAUUAUAUCUCUAGCGUUGACGGAACUACUUCUAACGGAAAUUUUGUAAAUCCUACUAAUUUACGUAACGUUAAUAAUCAAUUUACAAACGAUGAUUCGCAGCUUCAAUUCCAACGGUUUUGA